ACACAACCCCAGAACCACGCCCACACCACUGACACAGGAGGAGGUGACACAGAGCCUGGCAGAACACACACAACCCCAGACCACGCCCACACCACUGACACAGGAGCUGGUCCAGAGUUCAGACGAACCACAGACAAUCGAUCCUAAACAGAUGGAGCCGAGUCCUGAUGCGCCAGAGCAACCCCCUUCAGAGGAGACUGUGGUAGAGACUCCCAAAGACCCGGCUGAGACGCUAGAACUACCAUCCAACCUCCUAACCCAGCCCACAGAGGAGGAAGUAGAGGGCGUUCUAGACAGUUCACAACCUGUACUGGCAGAGCAGAGCCCAGUAACCGCAGCCCAACCAUCACACACACCCUCCCUUCCUACAGAAGAAGUAGCAGCAGCAACACAAGCAUCACCCCAACAGAUAGAGGAGCUGGUAGAGACAACUACAGGGCCCCAGCUAGAACAAUCUGCUGUUGAGCAGCAGUCCACGCAAGCUGUGCUGGAAGGAGAGGAGGAGGUGGUGGUUGUGGAAAAGGAGGAGAGUGAGGACCCAGUAGAAGAGACACUUUGUGAACAGUCUCAAACCAACAGAGAGGAGGAAGAUGAGAUGCAGUCGGAAAGGCUUCCACAGCAGGAACAGAGUCCGGAACAGACUAGUGACACAGUUCAUCAACCGUUAGCGCCUCAGCUAGCUACACAGACUAACACUAAGCCCCUGGGGAGACUGCUUCUAACAGCACCGCUCCCGUCACAGCCUGAAACAGUGCAGCCAGACUCUGAGCUUCUGCCCCCACAACAGGAACCGGCAGAGACACUUCCACAGGCACAGCAACAGGUGGCGCCAGCGAGUCCCUCGGAGCAGGGAGCCACGGAGAGUGUAGCAGGAGCAGAACAGGAACUGUAUCUGUCAGAGGAGCAGCAGCAGCAACUAGCACAACAGGCACUUCCUGUGCAGGUGGAACAGCAGCAACAACAACAUCCUGUUCUAGAGGAACUACAGCAGCAGCCUCUUCAACCAGAGGGUCAAUCUCAGACCACCCUUCCCGCCGAGCCCUCACCUGUUCCAGCCGAGACAGACACUUCCCGGGAGGUGGAGGGCCGUAGCUCCCCUCCCAAGGUAGAGGAGUCCCCAGACGAGAGCUCCACGGACGAGGGGGAGAGCGUGGGGGGAGUGGAGGAGGUGGUGGGCUCAGCCCUGCCCAACGGCCUGAAGCCAGAGUUCGCCCUUCACCUGCUGGACCCCGAGGGCCCCAAGGCUGGGCGUGGCAGCUGUGUGAUGGAGAACGGUGAGGAACACCCUGUCUGUAGUGGGACAACAGGGGUGUGACCGACACAUGCAUACACUUUACACAUAGUACACUCGCAGACACACACACACACACACACACACACACACACACAGUCUGACAGAAAGUGUGUGUGUAUUUUCCAGUGAGUGUGACAGCAGAACUGAGCUGUGGUCAGGACCUGGAGGAGCUGUUGCUGGAGGCCAGCCUGGAGACUGGGAGAAACUCACCAUAGUCAUGGUACACCUACACUAACUCAUCUCCUGGAUCUCUUUACAAUGUACAGUACACACACACUAGACACAUUUGUGGCAUUUUAUUAUUUGACAUAGAUCGGCCAAUGUGUGCUCUAAUGUUGACCGUCUCUGUUUCUUCUGCAGUGGUUCUGUAGGAGAGAGGAACACAGGACUCGUAUUGUCUGUGUCUCGGUGACUCGUCUUGUUGCUCCUACCAUUUUUUUGUUGUCGUUACCACGAACUCAUCACCACCACCUCUCUAUGAAGACGGAGGACCAGUUGUCAUCUAAGUAAUACACCUAGAUUUUUUUUUUUAAGACACAAAAAAAAAAAAAAAAUUGAGCUUCAUCACAGCAUAUAAGGAAUUCACUACAACUUCAACCGAAACACACACGCACUAUAUUGUAAAGAAAGUUAAAAAGAAGAAUGGAAGAAAAUCUCAUUAACCUUUUGCCUAUCACUACAUUCCGUCAAUCAGGAAACCACACUGCAGGGAGUUGGGGGGAGGGAGAUGAGAAAGAGGUAGAGAGAAAACGAGAGGGAAGGAGGGGGUUUAUCACUGCGCUAACCAAAGACAUAGGACACACUGCUCACCCCCUGCUCCACCCCGACAUGUGUUCCUGAGGGUGCACACAGACACAAAACCUGCUGGAGGAAUGAGUGUGCACAGCUGUGUGUGUGACAGUGUGGGGCCCAGACAAGAGGACCCACUGGCUUUUAGUGUGUCAUUCUCUGACAAUGACAGUUGGGCACAGAGGGUUUUAUAACCAAGGAAGGCGUCACAGGGAAAGGCAUUUGUUUUGUGUGUGUUUGUGUGUUACAGUUUUAUCUGUCCCCCCACCUCGUAAGGGAUCUCUGCCAAAUUGACCGCUUUCUUUUCUGUUCCUUCCUCUCUGUUCACUUUGGGCCCCUCAGGAAUCGUCCCCUCCAGUGUCUCUCCAGUAACAUUCUGGAACACCCAAACCAUCUGUCAUCUGCCAAAAGCACACUGUCUGUCACAAAUUAUUUUGGGUUUCCUUUAAGAAUCAGAUAGCGGAGUUACUCUAAUCUAAAGCUUUCUGGAAACCUCUGUAAAUGUUGGAUAACAAAAUGUCUGCCUUGACGGAGUAAUGCAGUUCAUUACGGAGAAAGUCUACCCUUUUUUUCUAUUUUUUUUCUCAACUUGACAGUUAUCACAGACAUUCUUUUCCAGAUGGAUUUUUGGUUUGUCUGACCAGAGUGAUUAAAUGUAGUGUGACACUCAAUAGGAGAAUAAAGAAAAAAGCAGUUCUGACUGUCUCUUACUCUCUCUCAAGUCCUCCCUCUUUCUUUGUCUUUUGCUGGUACAACUCUGUGCCAUCUUAUUUCCCAACUCAACACAGGAUAAAUGUUGCCUUCGACUCUGCUAGGUUUAAUUUCAUCUCUUGUUUUGCUGCUUGGAGAAAUCAGUUGUUUGUAUUUAUUUUAUAGUUAUGAGCCUUUUGUUCCUGUGAUUUAUUUUCUCCCCUUCUCUCCAUCUUUUUAUUAGUUAUUUUUCAUGGGGUUUGCUUUUAAAGAUUUCCCCUUUUUGGUGUAUAUUUCAGAUUCAAAUUAGAGCAAUUAUUACGUUGAACGUUUUUUUUUGG